UACAAAUGCUCUGUAGCGUUUGAAGCGCUAAGUGGACCGCAGCCUUCACGCUCCAUUUGCCUCACCUCAGAAGGUGGUGUGGUUGGGGUAUGUUACGCACGCAUGCGUAAUGAUUGAGAAUGUGUAGUGUUGAGAGUAUUUAUGGUUCUAUGAUGUAACUUUAACGAGAAUGAAGCAAGAAGAGCAACGCUUUUUUUCUUACGUUUGGUGAAAAACGCAGCUUAAUUUCAAAAUCGUAUAUAAUCUGCAGCAAAAGAAUCUGAUCAGAAAAUGGCACAUCCAAAUGCUAGUUCUUCAACAAGUUCCGCAAUUCCAAAGAUUUCAUCUAUGCAAAUAAUGCCCAAAACGAUAUCAUUUAAGCUAAUUAAGCCUCAACCUCUUGCCUCUUCUUCUGUUGUAACUCCCACAACAGGCUCAACACAUAACUUUAGAAGUGUACCAUUGGAUUCAUUACUGAAUAAGUCAAGUUCUUUCAAAAUCCAGACUCAAACUGUAACUCAUGAGAGUCCUUCCAUUACAGUUCCUACAACAAGCUCUAUGCAGCAUAUGUCUGCAAUUAAGCCCCAAACUCUUGCCUCUUCUUCUGUUGUAACUCCCACAACAGGCUCGACACAUAACCUUAGAAGUGUACCAUUGGAUUCUUCGAUUAUAGAUUCAGAUGAUGACAAAGAGAAUACUUCUGUUUUCGACAAGGAUGGCCGUUUUAUUUGGGAUUAUAAAAUUACAAUGUUGUUUUUCACAGAAUAUGAACAGCAUGAGAAAAAGCUGCAGAAAAGGAAGUAUCCAAGUAAAGAGACCAUGUUUCAAGCAAUAGCAAAGUCAUUUCAAAAAAGAGGUUACGUAAAUGCUACUAAACAUCACAUAAAAAAUAAAUUUAAAUUGUUGAAGAAAAAAUGGGAUAAAUACAUUCAAAGGACUAUGGGAAAAAAUAGCUCUGGGAAAGGCAUGAAACCUCUUUUAUAUGAAAAUGAAAUGAUAACCAUCUUUGGAAAAAGUCACAGUAGAGUGCCACCUUUUGUGGUUGGCCGCAAAGAAAUUGUUUCUCAGGAAGAGAUUUUGCAAAAAGUCAGUCAAACUUCAUCUGGGAAUAUAAAUGAAGAAGAGUCUUCUGUCGAAGUACAUUCACCUCUUUCGCCUCUAUCGCCUCUUUCGCCUCUAUCAGUGAAUAGCAAUAAAUCAUUCACGACAAAUAGCAAUUGUUCAUCUUUCAUAAAGACAAAAACAAAGGUACGAGAUGGUAAAUUGGCGCUUACUAUACAAUCAGUUAAUGAAUCAAUCUGUACUAUGCUUGAAAAAGAAGGUAAUGCCAGACAAGACGCACGCACAGAAAUGUUGAUAGAGCUUCGAACAUGCAAUGAAUUACAAAGACAGCGAAAUAAUAUUUUGGAAAGGCAACUUCAGCUACUAGAGAGAAUGGAAUAAAAAUACUCAAAGCAAACAAAAUUAUCAGACGAAGAAUUAUUAUAAGAUAUUUAUUAUUAUAAGACUGAAAAUAUUGAUUACAUUCACAUAAAGUUUAUGAUAAUGUUGAUUUUGUUUGAAAUAUUUAUUUGACGCAGAAAGAAUUAUCAGAUAAAGAAU